GCAACAGCUAAAACUGAUGGUAAAUGCUGUGCUGUGGCAGAGGUGGUUUCACUGACGAAUAUGAAAUGACUUAAAAUCAACUCUGAAACUGAGCUCACAGACAAAUGCAUCGACUGCCUUCUAUUCUAAACUACCGGAGUGCAGCGUGACAGCACCAGAAUCCUGAAAUACCAACCGUUGUGUCAUGGUAGAAAUCAUGUGGCACCUGACAGGCUACUGGAUCUCUCUGACCAUCCUCCUAGUUUUAUGUCUGUUCCUAAGGCCACCUGGGUCACAUGCUUCAGUCAGUUACAAGCCCAACAUUGUACUGAUACUGGCUGAUGAUCUUGGUAUUGGAGAUGUAGGCUGCUAUGGAAAUGAUACUAUAAGGACCCCUAACAUUGACCAGCUGGCAAAGGAAGGAGUGAAACUUACUCAGCACAUUGCUGCGGCCCCGCUUUGCACGCCAAGCAGAGCAGCUUUCCUGACUGGCAGAUACCCCAUCAGAUCAGGUAUGGAUGCCACUAAUGACUAUCGUGUUAUUCAGUGGGCUGGGGCCUCAGGAGGGCUCCCUCCAAAUGAAACCACUUUUGCCAAGAUACUACAGCAGCAAGGCUACAUCACAGGACUAGUAGGGAAGUGGCAUCAAGGUGUGAACUGUGAAUCCCGCAACGACUACUGUCAUCACCCUUCAAACCAUGGGUUUGAUUAUUUUUAUGGCAUGCCAUUUAGUCUAAUGAAUGACUGUCAAAUAACAAAACUUCCAGAGAAGGACAGAGUCUUGAGAACCAAAUUCUGGCUUUACACUCAGACAAUUGUCCUUGCUGUACUCACCCUUUCAAUAGCAAGACUUAUUGGCUUGGUCUCAGUCACCUGGAAAAUAAUCACCUGUUUUGCUUGGUUUGGUUUUUUGUUCUUUGCAUCCUGGUUCUCGAGUUAUGGAUUCAUAAGAUAUUGGGACUGCAUUAUGAUGAGAAACCAUGAAAUUACUGAGCAGCCAAUGGUGGUAGAAAGAACUACAUCCCUUAUACUGAGGGAGGCCAUUUCUUUUAUUGAAAGAAACAAGCAUGGGCCGUUCCUCCUCUUUGUUUCCUUUCUACAUGUCCACACACCCCUCAUCACCACGGAGUUGUUUCUUGGGAAGAGCAGAUAUGGUUUAUAUGGAGAUAAUGUAGAGGAGAUGGACUGGAUGGUGGGCAGGGUCCUGGAUGCUAUUGAUAAGAAAGGUUUGAAAAAUACCACACUCACAUACUUUGCCUCUGACCAUGGUGGGUUCUUGGAAGCUCAAGAAGGAAAAGCCCAAUUAGGUGGUUGGAAUGGAAUAUACAAAGGUGGAAAAGGCAUGGGAGGCUGGGAAGGAGGGAUCCGUGUGCCAGGGAUAUUUAGAUGGCCGGGAGUGUUACCUGCAGACACAGUUAUCGAUGAACCUACAAGUCUUAUGGACAUUUACCCUACGGUGACUUAUCUGGCAGGAGGGAUAGUGCCCCAGGACAGGGUGAUCGAUGGCCAGAACCUGAUGCCUUUACUGCAGGGGUCCAUUCAGCACUCAGCGCACGAGUUCCUGUUUCACUACUGUGGCAUGUAUUUACAUGCAGUACGGUGGCAUCAAAAGGACAGUGGGGCACUGUGGAAGGCUCAUUAUGUGACUCCAAUAUUCCAGCCAGAGGGUGCUGGAGCGUGUUACGGAAGAGGAAUUUGCCCAUGUUUUGGGGAAGGUGUAACCCAUCAUGACCCUCCUUUACUCUUUGAUCUCUCCAGAGACCCUUCCGAGGCCAAACCUCUGUCUCCUGCCACUGAGCCCCUGUUUGACACAGUAAUAAGCAGAAUAGAAAGAGCUGUUCAGGAGCAUCGCCAGACACUGACUCCAGUCCCACAACAGCUCUCUUUGCACAACAUUAUGUGGAAGCCCUGGCUGCAGCCGUGCUGUGGGACAUUCCCGUUUUGCUGGUGUGAUAAAGAAGGUGACAGUGCACACCCUGCUCUGUAAA